AUGAAAGUCUAUGUAAAUGUCUACGACAUCAUCAAGUACAAUAAGUAUGUUGACUGUGCUGGAAUUGGAGUUUAUCAUACAGGGAUUGAAGUAAAUGGAAGCGAGUAUGCUUAUGGAGGCAAUUCUUUACUGGAUAGUACUGGGGUAUACGAAAUGAUUCCUAAACAGCAUGAUGUUUUCAUGUUUAAAGAUAGCAUUCUUGUAGGGGAAGUUGAAAGAGAAGAUAUAAUAUGGAGUUCCUUAUCUAAAAUGAUGAAGAAAUUCAAAGCUAAUCAAUAUGAUAUGCUUAAGUAGAAUUGCAAUCACUUUACUCAUGAAUUCCUAGUCCUUCUGAUUGGUAGAGGACUUCCUCGUCACCUAAACAGGAUAGCCUAUGUGGGUUCAUUUUUCCACUGUAUAGUCCCCAAAAAAUAUCUCAUAGUUACACCUUAGCAAGAUCCAAAUGAUAAGCAAGCAAGCUGGGAUGUAGUUGACAGCAAAUCUAAAAAUAGUAAAAAUAACAGUAAGGGCUCAACUAAUGAUGGCGAUGAAUUUGAUGAUAGCGAUUCUGAUGGUGAUGAAGAUAACUUGUCAGAAGAGAUCAAAUCAGAUGAAGAUAGUUUAAUGUUUGAUGAUGACAGUUAAAGUCAAAACACUAAGGCUAAUACAAGUCACUCAAGGAGUUCAACUUCCAGAAGAAGGCAUAGAUCCAAGAGUUAAGGAACUGAUAAAUCUAUAGCUAAGAAUAAAAAGCCAAAAUAAACUAAGGGUUGCAAGGACAAAUUGUUUAGUUUCCUAAAGUUUUCCUGA